UUCGACCACAAGUUUAACGCUUUUAAACGUUUCAGUUGUCGUUCAGUGUACUUAAUUUUUCAGUAUUUUUUGUUAAAAGUGUUUAUUUUAGUGAUUUAUUUAUGUGUGUUGGUGCUUGAUUAGUAUAGCAUUACACAUUUUAAUAGGAAACAUGGCUCUUGAAAUCAGUAAAAAGGAAGUAGAAGAUAUCAAGCCGUACUUAGAAAAGACUGUCACCAAGUUUCUUGGGUUUCGAGAACCUUCCAUUGUUACAACACUUAUGCAUUGCUUUACUUCGGGUUACGAUAAAUACAAAACAGCUGAUAAGCUGAGGUCAUCGAUAUUAGAUCCUGGCAAAGCUGCGUCGCUAACCGAUAAAGCGUUCGAUUUAGCCAAAGGAAUGACUAUGAAAAACAAUAACAUUCCUAUAACAAACAAGAGACCUAUAAAAACUGAAUAUGAAGAAAAUAAUAUUAAACGUAUAAAAAAAGAAGAUUUAACAACUAUCAAAGAGGAAGCACUUUCUACUGGACAGAUUAAAGAUAUGAUGGUAAACGCACAAAAAAUGAUUGAAGAACGCAAAAAAGCAUUAGCGAUAACAAGUGCUCCAAAGUCUUCUAAUAAUAAAGACAAAAAGCCUCAAUUAACGACGGAUUUCGAAAAGCAAGCAAAAAUUGCUCAACUACAGGCACAAAUACAAAAAAAAUUGGCUAGUGGUUUGAUAAAAACUGUUCCGAGUGUGCCCAAGACUCUAAACUCAUCGGCAGAAAAACCAACUCCCCUUAUUCUUGAUAGUGAAGGUCGUACAAUAGACAUAACUGGUAAGGAAGUACAAUUGACUCAGGUCAUACCAACAUUAAAAGCGAACAUAAGAGCCAAAAAACGGGAAGAAUUUAAACAAACAUUUAGUGAAAAAUCGACUGAAGAUUCUUCAGAAGUAAAAUUUUUUGAUCCUCGUUUAACUAUGAAAACUAAUAUUCGUACAAAGCGGUCAUUAAAAUUCCACGAACCAGGAAAGUUUCAACAAAUUGCCGAUAGACUUAGAAUGAAGGCUCAAUUAGAAAAAUUGCAAAAUGAAAUAUCACAAAUUGCUCGGAAGACUGGAAUAUCAUCAGUGACGAAAAUGGCUUUGCUCGUGCCUAAAGAAGAACAAUUAACUGAACACUGCCCCGAUGUAGAAUGGUGGGAUAGUGUUAUUUUAGAUGGCUCGUCGUAUUUGAGUGAAACUGGCGAAGUUCAAAUUAAACGUAGUAAUAUAUCUCAUUUGGUAGAGCAUCCAUUACAAAUGAGACCGCCAAGUGAUCCAUUAAAACCAGUUUUCAUGCCCGUAUUUUUAACCAAGAAGGAAAGAAAGAAAUUGCGUCGACAAAAUCGACGUGAAACAUGGAAAGAAGAACAGGAGAAAAUACGUCUUGGUCUAGAACCUCCAGCUGAACCUAAACUUCGUAUAUCAAACUUGAUGAGAGUAUUAGGGACAGAGGCUGUUCAAGAUCCAACAAAAAUGGAAUCGCAUGUUAGAGCUCAAAUGGCUAAAAGACAAAAAGCCCACGAAGAAGCUAACGCUUCUCGGAGAUUAAACCCAGAACAAAGACGGGAGAAGAAAAUAAGAAAAAUUCAAGAAGACACCAGUCUCGGAGUUAAUGUUGCAAUUUAUAGAAUUAAUAAUUUAACAAAUCCUUCUAAGAAGUAUAAAAUAGAAACAAAUUGUAAACAGUUAUUCAUGACUGGAUGUGUCAUUAUGUGCAAAGAUUGUAAUGUUGUUAUUGUAGAAGGUGGUCCAAAACAGCAAAAAAAGUACAAAAGAUUGAUGUUGCACAGAAUGAAGUGGGAAGAAGAUGUUAUAAAAACAAAAGACGAGUUGGAACCUAAAUCUAAUAACAAAUGUUCAUUAGUAUGGGAGGGCAUGUCAAAGCAACGCAAUUUCGGAGAAAUCAAAUUUAAGGUUUGUGCUUCUGAGAAACUGGCUCGAGAACAGCUGAAAAAGCACGGAGUAGAACAUUAUUGGGAUUUGGCUUACAGCGAUCUUAUAAUGGAUUAAUUAUUUACAUUUUAUUUCAUCAUGAAAUAUUUUUCUUGAAUACCUGAAGUGUCUAAACAAGUAAUGCAAAUGUACUGUCGUGAAAAAUAUUAGUAAUUAUAAUUAUAAUAAUUUAUGAAA